ACAAAGCCCCGGGUACUAAUUUGGACAACAGAUACAACAGAAACAAGAAACGAGGUUUCCAGUUUCUGGUGCGGAGAUUCGUUAGAAGUUAGAACGCACACACAGACACAGGAAACACCCUUCAGGCUUCAGAGGUGGACUUUCUCUCUCCUUGAAUCCCACUAGAUUUUUCCUGAGAUAUUUAAGCUUUGAAUUUCGAUCACCAAGCAAGAUGGAGGACGAUAAAAAGAAGAAGAAAACCAAGAAGAAGAAGAAUAAGCAGCAAACCAAACCAGCCGUCGCCGACGAUACGGCGUCGUCGAAUGCUGGAGAGACUAGCUCUGUAGGAACCGUCAGUGGCGAACAAGAUAAUGUAUCAAACAUAGUAAUUGAGGACAAACUACUUCCAAAUGCUAAUGGCAGUGUUACGGUUGACGGUGAAAAGCAAAAUUGGAUGCUAGAAGAGGCUAGACUAAGAGAUCUGGUCAAACAACUACUCUACGAAAAGGACUCCUACGUACAAAGACAGGCUGACUUAGAGAUGAGAAUGAAACAAUUACAGAGUGAAAAUGAUUCCUGGCAUCAGAAAGAGGUGAGCCUGGAGCAGAGAAUCAGUCAGUUACUACAGGCGAACAGUGCUUUGAAUUUUAAAGAGAAGAAUUUGCUGGACAAAAUUCAGCACAUUGAGCAGGAGAAACUGGUUCUGGUUGGAAAGGAGAACUUUUGCAAUGAAGUGAUUGCAACUCUGAAUAAUGAGAAUUCAAAGUUGAAAAUACAGGUUCUGGAGUUGGAAGGAGCUAAGAACAGUCUCUCAGAAGAAAACAACCAGUUGUUGGACAACAUAUCUGUCUUACAGUCACGAGUUCAGGAUCUUGAAAUGAGUUUGGCAACUGCAGUGUCACCAGCUGAUAUUCAAAAGGAUGCCUCUGAGAAAGAGAACUUCAAUAUUGAGAUGGAAGAAACUUAUGCGUUGAUUGGGAAAUUGAUGACAGAAAAUGCGGACCUUGUUGAGAAGGUAAAUGAGUUGUCUAUGGAGCUUGGUCAACGAACUGUAGUGCCUGAUGUUACUUCAGUGAAUAUACCUGAUUAUUCCUCCUCAGAUCCUGUAUCUAGAUAUAAUGAGGACAGUCGAGAGGAUCUUUCCUUGUCAACAAAGAGUGUCAAGCUUUCUAUAACAGCGGCAACUGGAGAUGAGCGAAGAGUGAUUGAUGAAUUAGACUCUGAUUAUUCUAAUGUAGUCCGGCAUUCCUCAGAAACCAGUGUGUCUGGAGAAAUAGUGCAAAUUCCAUUAGAUGAAAAUGAAAUUCAGGAUCUAGAAGCACAGGCAUCUAUAGAAGUUGGAGAUGAGAGUGUGCCGCUUGCUGAUGCUCCUCUGAUUGGUGCUCCUUUUAGGCUUAUUUCUUUUGUUGCGAAGUUUGUAAGUGGCGCUGAUCUAGUCAACCAGGAUCCUUCAAACUCGCUGCAGUAACCUAAAACAUGUUCUAACUUGUAGAAUGUUCAUUAGAAGAAGAAAAUAGACGAUCAACUGCUUAUUUGAGUUAUUUUAACAUUUUUUAACACAAUAUCAGACUAGUUACAAUAAUGUGGCAUUACUUUUUUUUUUCUUGUUUAAGGUUGGCCAUUUUAUAUUUUUGGUUAUGAUGGCCAAUCUGCAUCAGCUGAUAGCACAUUUGUAAUUGAAAUUUGUUUAUUGAAUUUGAUCUGGUGAAGGUAGUUAUAUCGAUCAA